UCUAUAACUUUAGUAUCUCUAAAAAAAUGAAAAUUUUAACUCCCACACUUAUUCUUAUCCUCAUAUAUUUUGAUUGCGUGUCAGGAUUAUUAAGAAUACCAGAUUCAAUUAUUCCACUGUGUUUUCAAUUUACCUGGCCAGGACCUAGAUAUGACAACACAACUGAAAUAAAAAUAGAUUGUAACAAAAAAAGCGAACCCUGUUUUAAACCCAUGGUUGCAACUCCUGAUUCAACCCCGCCAAAUAUAACUGACAUGUGGAAUAAUUUUGAAAAUCGUACAUUAAUAACUUGUCCUAUGAGAAAUGGUUUUGUUUGUGUAAAAUAUUCUUGGAUAUACAACAGAGCUGUCUUGAAUGCGUCAUAUUUUUGUGGGAAAAUUAUUGAAGACAAAACUAUUGCUAUCGAAUACGGAUGUUAUACACAAAAAAAAGAUGGACAUACAAUAGAAGUAUGCGCGUGUAAAUCAAAUGGUGGACAAAGGCCUUGUAAUUUAUCACCUUCAAUUAAUAAUUUAAUAUUUAAACCAAUUACUGCAUUGUCAUUAUUAUUACUAUGGUUAACGAGUAGUUAUUAAAAUAUUUAAUUAAUAAAUAAGUAAAACUUUU